UCGCAUACGAGUUCUCAGUUUUGCUAGUUUUCUCUCUGGAAUCGACCGUUGGUUUUGUGCUAUGUUUGUGAUAAGAGUGAUGAAAAGGUUCAUUAUACAAAAUUCCACGCGGGCAAAGCCGCGGGCGGAAAGCUAGUCGAUAGUAUAAUUUCGCCAAAGCUGCGCAGAUUCAGUACGAAGCAGCUGCGGGCGUGGGAACGCCCGCGCAGACGAGACGAACAAACGCGCCAACAUAUUCUCCGCGGUGAACAACUUCUUCGCUGAUUCGCCGCUGGUGAAUCAGCUCAAAGGGAUCAUGACUCGACAAACGAGCAGCAGUGGGGGCGAGCCCGGCCCUCCAGACGACUCCCGGCCUGCCAGCAGAGAGCCUCCUAACCUGGCCAUCAGUCCCUCCGAGAGCAUAAUAUCGGAGCGCUCCUGCGGCAGGGGUCAGCAGCAGCGGCAGGUGUCGUUCCUGAAGCCGGCUGCGGACACCACCCUGGACAGGAAGGCGUCCAUCGUGGACGAGACCACGGGCAUCACUCGGACGCAGAUGAAAGAGUUCCGCGAGGCCUUCCGUCUCUUCGACAAGGAUGGAGACGGGACAAUCACGAAGGAGGAGCUAGGCCGCGUGAUGAGGAGUCUGGGGCAGUUCGCGAGGGUUGAGGAGUUGCACGACAUGCUGCAAGAGGUCGACAGCGAUGGCGACGGCAACGUCAGCUUCGAGGAGUUCGUCAGCAUCCUCUCCAAGUCCAUGUCAGGGGCUGGUGGCGGGACCAGCUCGGCCGAACAGGAGGAGAGAGAACUCCGGGACGCCUUCCGCGUGUUUGACAAGCACAAUAGGGGGUACAUCUGUGCUUCAGACUUGAGGGCCGUGCUGCAGUGCUUGGGCGAGGACUUGUCGGAGGAAGAGAUUGAAGACAUGAUAAAGGAGGUGGACUCUGAUGGUGAUGGCCGUAUUGACUUUUUGGAAUUCGUCAGAGCUCUCGGCGAGCCGGAAGACGCGUGCGACGACGAGGACGAAGACGACGCGACUGAAACCGAGAUAUCCCUCCCACGAGCGGUCGCGGCCAACUAAAUUUGAGGGUAGUUUUAGGCCCAUAUUGUAAUGACGCAGUUACACUAUGCGAGAAAUUGAUCGAGACGUAUAGUGUAAACACUCACUUCAGUUAGUUUCGUUGUGCGUCACCCAUAUACUUCGACAUGCGUGCUCGUGCUUCGUCUCGGUCAAUUUUCCGCACAGUGUAACUGCGCCAUAAAACUUGACUCAAAACUCGAUUCAAACUCAGGUCUAAUACGUUUGAGUUUUCAAUCUACAUUCAUUAAGUCUUAUUAAUAAUACAGGCCUAUAAACCGUUACUUUAAGCAACGAUUUUGGCGGACUACUAGGGCUUACUAACUCUAGUAUCUUUUUCAAUUCAUCAUAACUAAUUACUUGAUAAAUAAGAAAGGAUGUUCAGAUAGAUUGCCUAAUUAAUAUUUCAAACUAUUUGUCCAAAGAUAUUUAUUUCAACCGAAAACGCAAAAAAUGGGAUUUUGCAGUUGGCUUUUAAUACAGAUUCAGAACGUUUGUAACAACUCCUACAUUUUAGAUAUCUCUGAAUUGCCUAAUGCAAUAUUAUUAACUUUUUACCAGAUAUAUCUUAAACUGUAUUUUCUACAUUGAAUCAAAAAUAACCAUAGUCAUUUAAGAAAACCAAAAUACACUUUUAAAAUAAACUUUUCCAUUUCAUCUAAAAUUAUGCAGCGGACUAUAUUUCUAUGUAAAUUAAUAUUUCCUUAAUUAUUGCUAAGUGUAAGUUACUAAGCUAGGAUUAAUGUAAUCAUCACGACUUUGCAUUAUUGUAUUUACUUAGAAAACGAUAAAAAAAUCGCUUAACGCUAUCUUUUUAAUCGAAGUCAAAGUAUUUUAAAAAAUUAAUACUCAUAUUUAAAAAUAAAAGAAAAACGCACUAUUUAACACGUUUGCGGUCUAAAAAGUUUUAUCACACAACUGAAAAACAUUCUGUAUAGGUACAGUAUGUAGCCUGUGAACGUGUUAAAUAAAAUUUCUUUCAUAUUAUAAUUAAAAUAAUUCAUACUUUUGUUAUAACUAAACAUAUCUUAUAUGAAUUUAUAAUGAUACUAUCGCAAAUGCAGAUGUAAUUUCGAUUUAUUUUAGGAAACAAUAUUCCAAACUAAAAAUGCAUGGUUGGUUAGAGAUAAUUCCUACGGUUCUAUCGGUGUUGUAAAUUAAUCAGACCAAUAUACAAAAUAAAUAAUUCUUAAUUA